GUCCUGACGGGGUGGCGGGGUCCUGGCGGCGCCAUGUUGCAGCAGUCCCUUGUUGUUCUGUGGAUGUGAAUGAGGAGCCGGGAGCGGGAGGGGAGAUACCAGGACAGGCCCGGGCCGCCGCUCCGACACCCGCCGACACCGCACCAGGACUGAGAGAUUCUGGUGACAAGACAACAUUGAAAGUGCCCACGACCAACUUGAAGUCACCCGCUACCAAUAUGUGAGGGGAAACACAGGUACUGUUCGCAGGCAUAACUCAGUUUGGAAGAACAAAAUGCAUUUUUAUUCCCCACCAAAUCACUCCCCUCAGACUUCAGUGCAGGGGACUGUUGAAGUAAAACGAUGUCUGGAAUUGCAUUGAGUCGACUUGCACAAGAAAGAAAAGCUUGGAGAAAAGACCACCCUUUUGGCUUUGUUGCAGUGCCCACGAAGAAUCCGGAUGGUACUUUAAACUUAAUGAACUGGGAAUGCGCUAUUCCAGGGAAAAAGGCAACGCCGUGGGAAGGUGGACAGUAUAAGCUUCGAAUGCUGUUUAAGGAUGACUAUCCCUCAUCGCCACCAAAGUGUAAAUUUGAGCCACCAAUAUUCCACCCAAAUGUCUAUCCCUCUGGUACGGUGUGUCUAUCCAUUCUGGAGGAAGAUAAGGACUGGAGGCCAGCCAUCACUAUCAAGCAGAUAUUACUAGGAAUUCAAGAACUUCUUAACGAGCCAAACAUUCAAGACCCAGCACAAGCAGAAGCAUACACAAUCUACUGCCAGAACAGAGUAGAGUAUGAAAAACGAGUGCGAGCACAGGCCAAGAAAUUCGCUCCAACAUAAAACCCACACAACAAAAGGAUAUGGAUUUCUGACUGUCGGCUAACAAAAGAAGGCACGCUAUUCACAUUUAGCAAGUUCCUGUUACAAGCAAUUGGGAAUCUUUGGGGAAAAUAAAUGCAUCAUUACUUGGACAGUUCUAAUUCACACAAAAAAAAAACAAGGCAAAUCAUCUUGGCACGAAAACUUGCUGUGUUUCUGUGGCGGCUGUAUUAAAACGUUUUAAUUUAUAUUAAAAAAAAAUUGCCCUAGUACUCGGGUCAAUUGGCCUUCAGUGUAGCCAGAAGUUCAGGCUCCAAUUUAAUGUUGGCUGACAAGAAAAUAGCAGUCAGUUUUUUUUCCAGCUUUCAUCCACUAUGAUUUUUCUGGCCUAUUUCUAAGCAUCUCUAAGUUGUCAAGCUUCCAGGACUGUAUUCAUCAAGAGGAAGAUUUUAUGAGAAGAAAGUGAAGAACUAUUGUAUCUAUUUACAUACCACGAUCUGCAUUUUGCUCUUAAUACCAAGGCUUUCUUAAGUCCACAGUGGCUCUUUAAGAGAGACUUGGAAGUCCUGUAAUAAAUGGUGUAUUUUUAAAAAAAAAGCUGCUAAUAAGAUAUUCUUUCUAUCUACCCAUUCUCCAAAUCACAUCAGAGUUUUUUUUAAAGCAUUUGUGUUACUAGUUUGUCUUUGGAAGGACCCAUCAGUCAUCCUAAAUAGUACAUUCUUGGUUCUCAGCUGGAGAAACUGAACAGGCGCACCCAGCCUGCUGUGUGGUGUAUUGGCUCAUGACCUUUUUAUAUCUUAAAGUUGGUUGCUCCUUUUUUAAAUGUGGUAGAUUGGCACGUGUGAGCUGUUCGACCACAACUCCCUGCACGGGCGCACUGUUGCCACUUCUGGUUUCUCUUUGUUUUGGAUUUCCUCCCAGUGCUGCUGUAGCUUAGAGGAAUGUAGUACUAUCUUUCGGAAAAGUGCAAGUGAAUGUGCCACAGUUUUUAAAAAUCGGGACACAAAAUAAGUGGAAUUAAGACACCUUUGACAUCUUGGUGCAGGUUAGUGGCUUUGCAGAGGAUCUUUUAAGCUGGCCUAACCAUAUAGAAAGGUGCAUAUUUAAGAUUUGGACUCGGAGGAAGGGAUUUUGCAUCUGCCCCCAUCCUUUUCACAUAUUAGUGGUGAGGGAAUCCUCAGCAAUUCUUAACAUUAUAACAUUGAAUGCCCCUGCAGUUAUUACAGAGGUGUUUUAUAUUUCUAGACAUAAUUUAAUUGGAUGUGGCUAUUCUCAUAAUAUACAUCCUGAGAGUUCUGGGUGUGAACGUGGUUCUGGUUUGCAUGCAAAGACAAGUCCUCGUCCUCUCGCUGGAACAACUGCAGCUUGGCUAACUUCCUCAGGUGUCUCUGAAACUUGAUGGGAAGCAAAGUGCCCGUAGGAAAAGUGUCACUCAUUCACGAAGAAAGACUUUCGACAGGCCUAACUGGCGUGUGAAGUCAGUCACCAGUGUUAUAUCCUUUUGUGUAAAAGGUUCUUGUAUUUCCAUUUUUGUACAGUGCUGAGCAUCAAGUAAUAAUGUAUGUAAAACAAUCUUCAUCAAGAUGGCUGUGCUGUUUCCUUAGCUUUCAGCUAGCAACAUAUUUCUAUCUGCAGCCCAGUUUCGAAUAGUUGGUUGCCUCGGGAACCUGUGGAAUUAUGAGUUAAGGAUGUUAUCUAUUGGUUACUGGCCGGAUUUGUAAUUACUCGGCGCAGUAGUGCAUUCACAUUUACAGAAUCGGGAAGCAAAAUGUUUUGUGGCAUAAUUUGAAUUUGCCGAUUGCAUGAAGGGAAAGGGAACUGGAGUACUUUUUAAGAGGUGUACAUCUUUUGCAAUUGGAAAUUCUUUAUCUGCUAACAUUGCUUUGAAAAUUAUUGGGGAUUUUUUUUUAAACACACAAAAACUCGGCUUUGGGGAAUGAGGGCUGAUCACCUGGCCUUUUCCCUGUCUAGAUUAAAAUGUAAUUCUCAGUGAACUUCCUUAAUUGUGCAUCUAUGCCAAUUGAACCAGAACAGGCACUUGCUAAAGAAAUUAAAAAAAAAACUCCCUUGGAAUACUGGUACAUUCAUUUCUUUGUUUAUAUUUUUUGAUGGAUAAAGCAACAAAAUAAAAUAAAAAAAACUUAAACCAGUAUUCCAGGGUAGUGCUGUAAACUUGUACAAUACUUUUAUAUCUUUUUUUUCACAGUCCAUUGGAUUUUGAGUAUGAAAUUGGCAUGUCUUUAGAAUACAUGCUGAUUUUAAUGUUCCCCCCCCCCCAACCUUGCCUCCCUGGGUAAAGAAACAAAAUUUUAAAAAAUAUAUUGAUGGUUGUAAUGGUUGCCUAUUGCAUGGCUGCGUGUGGUUGGGACUUUAGUGUGUCAGUGUCACCUUGCUCACCAUAUAAAACCAGAGAGCCUUGAAACUGGUAAUUGCAUGAUGAGGCCCCUCUUCGGUCCUUUACUGUGUUCAAGAUAUCAUGAUAUUGGAUGAAAUCAAAAGGCUUAUUUCAAACAGUCAGGUUCCCCUUGCAUUCCCUAAUAACCUUCAGUCCUCGUUUUUGCAUCUUUUAAGUUGGAAUUUGUGACAUUUUAAUGAAAAUCUUGAGCUGUCAUUCUUUUCAGUUCAAACUGUACGAGAACCAACCCUUGGCGCAGAAAGAUUAAAAUAAAAUUCUUUAGGUUAUGGAUGGAAUCUGUAAUAAGGGUUUUAUAGAUUUGUGUAGCUGCCUGAACUUCUACAGUUUAAUAAAAAUGCAGGUUUAUUCCCGGUUGCUUUCUUUUCUUCCUAGUGUCUUUAUCAUCUGACCAUGAAGUGAUCCAAACUUGUAGACACUGUUCUUAGAAACAACUGAAUGCCAGCUAACUUGCUUUCAUUUGUCUCAUUAGAAAACAGUUGCUGCAUUUACCUGAUACCUUGAUUCUAUUUUUUAAUAUAUCACACUUGGCUAAAUACUUAUUUGGAAGGAAAAGUGAUUUUUUAAAUCUAUUUUUUGAAAAAAGAUAUGAUUCUUAUGAUAUGCAGUCCA